CUACUCCCCAAGUGGUUUGGACCAUGGACCGUCCGUUCAGCUGCGGGCGACAAGCCCGACGGCCCGUCCUUUGUGAUCUACAUCCGUCCACAUCUACUGGUCCAUCCAGUCUUUCACGCCUCGAAGCUGGCGACAUGCACGCCAGCAAAGGACGAUGACUUCCCGGACCGGCGAUCACAAGACCCUCCGUCUAUGGAUGGUCAUCAGGAAGUCGACCGGGUCAUCACGGAUCGCAAGUAUGGCAGCAAGCCUCAACAGUACAAAGUUACCUUCAAAGCAUGUGAUCCCGACGACACUCGAUGGAUUUCAGGAGCAGAUUUGAAAGCAUCCGCACCACUGAUCUACGCUCACUACGAACGACAAACGUUAGCUCAAGACCCGCCCCUCCCACCCGGACUCAGACAGGCAGCUUCACCCUUGCAGGAGGAUAUCCACAGCCUCCACGGCUCGCUAGCUAAAGUACAAGGCCGCCUUCAGCAGCUGGAGCAGCGACCUGUCGCCGCACCCGAUGCAAGCUCUUCCAAAGCAUUGGAAAUGCACGUCGGCACCCUCCAGGACGGCGCACAGCUACACCAGACCGCGAUGCAACAGUUGCAGCAACGGAUCUGUACCACCGCCAAUACCUCGAGUUCGGAGCCACGCAAAAGAGCUCCAAAGUUUGACGGGCAGGAGAUCUUCUGCGACUCGAUCAAGACAUAUCCGAUUCCAUGGUUCCGCAAGUUCGAGCUCACGCUGCAGCUCCACAACGUCAAAGAACAGAAGCACCACGCAUACUUGUACUCUCGCUCAGGGGGCGCGUGCCAGGCUUGGUUGGACAAUCUCUUGUCCAAGUACGGAGUGGUAGCUGCCGACUUGCACACCAAGAUCAGUUGGGAUGAUCUGAAGGCGGCGUGGCACAAGCAGUUCCAGGUUGAGCCGCCGGAGAUCAAAGCUGUGGACAAGCUCAUGGUCUUCGAUAAGGCACGCUGCCGACGGCGCGUCUCACAAUUUCAUGAGCCAAUCCUUUAUGCAAAGGGCUGGCCUUGGCGCACAAGUUCGGAGGAAGGCAAACCCGACUGCGACAAGUUGGCAGAUGGGAAAACGCAGCAACUUCUCGACCGUUACAUCGAGGCCGUGCCGGUCUACUUCGCACCUCAUGCAUGUGAACCGGUGACAUUCGAGAUUCUCGACACAGACUUCGACAUCAUUCUAGGAAUGCCUUGGCUUGCAAGUGCUGAUCACACGGUCAACUUCCACCGGCGGACUCUUAGCGUUCGCGACGCCUUCGGCGCGGAAGUGGCGUGUACUAUUCCUCUACCGCACCCUUCGAUUCAGUGCCAAGUGGUGACGGCCAAAUCAUUCACGGCAACUUGCACUUACGAGCAGCCCGAUGAGAUCGGCCUAUGUUUCCUACGGACUGUUGCGGUAGCCGACGACUCACCCACGGACUUGUCUUCGGACCCCCGUGUGGUGCGGUUGUUGGACGAGUUCGCUGACAUCUUCGAGUCACCUACCGGUGUGGUGCCGGAUCGGCCGAUCUCUCACGAGAUCAUUCUUGAGGCCGGUGUCGUGCCACCGAAAGGUUGCAUCUAUCGCAUAAGCGAGGAGCUUGAGGUCCUUCGUGCAGAACUCGACGAUUUGUUGGCUAAGGGCUGGAUCUGCCCUAGCAGCUCCCCAUAUGGAGCACCGGUUCUCUUCGUCCGAAAGAAGAACAAGGAUCUACGAUUGUUUGGAUUUGAAAUCGGGAUAUCAUCAAAUCCCCAUCCGGCCGAACGAUCACUACAAGACCGCUUCAAGACGCGGUACAGGCAUUUUGAGUGGGUGGUCAUGCCUUUUGGCCUCACCAACGCCCCGACGACCUUUCAAGCGGCAAUGACCAACGAGUUCCGUGCAAUGUUGGACCGGUUCGUGCUGGUCUACUUAGACGAUAUUCUCGUCUAUAGCCGGUCAUUGGAGGAUCACCUUGGGCAUCUUCGACGAGUGUUGGAGACGCUCCGCCGCGCCACGUACAAGGCCAACCGCGACAAGUGCGAAUUUGUCCGGCAAGAGCUGGAAUACUUGGGCCACUUUGUCACGCCGGAAGGCAUCAGUCCGCUAUCGGACAAGAUUCAAGCCAUCCAAGAGUGGUCGGAGCCUCGGAACGUCAUGGAUGUUCAUUCAUUCCUUAGCCUUGCCGGCUACUACCAGCGUUUCAACAAAGGCUACUCGAAGAUCACGGCUCACUUAACCAAGCUUCAAUGCGAGGAUCGACCGUUUGACUUCGGGGAGGAGGCACAGGAAUCAUUUUUGGCUCUCAAAGUCGCGCUAUUAUCUGCGGAGGUCUUGCGGAUAUACGACCCACUUUUGCCUACGCGCGUCACUACGGAUGCGUCAAGCUAUGGCAUUGGUGCAGUCCUUGAGCAACAUGAUGGUGUGGACUGGCACCCGGUCGAGUAUUUCAGCAAGAAAGUGCCCGUCGUGCAUUCCAUUGACGAUGCACGCAAGAAGGAGCUCCUCGGCUUCGUCCACGCGCUCAAGCGGUGGCGACACUUCCUCCUUGGUCGAAGCCAAUUUCGAUGGGUAACGGACAACAAUCCGUUGGUCUUCUGUAAGACCCAAAACACCGUCAACAGCACCAUCGCUCAAUGGAUGGCUUUCAUCGACCAAUUCGACUUCUUUCCCGAUCACAUUCCCGGGAAGUCGAUCCGUUUUGCGGAUGCUCUUUCAUGGCGUCCGGAUCAUUGUACCGCGGUCUACUCAACCUUCGAGAUCGACGAUGACCUGCGGAACAGCUUCAUCCACGGCUACCAAGCCGACCCCGAGUUUCGCGACAAGUACGCGAAUUGCUCCUCUCCUAAUCCGGCGCCUUCUCACUACCGGAUCCAAGAGGGGUACUUGCUUGUCCACACGCGGGGGAAGGACCUUCUUUGCGUAGCGAGUGAUCCUCACUUGCGUACACGGCUUCUUGGCGAGUUCCAUGACGCUCCCGCCACCGGACAUUUUGGCGUCAAUCGCACGAUUGGCCGCCUCCGCGAGCGAUUUUGGUGGCCCGGCCUUCUCGGCGACGUCACACGCUAUUGCGAGUCAUGCAAGGUUUGCCGACGCUGCAAAUCCCGCAAUCAUCGUCCGUAUGGCGAGUUACGACCACUACCAGUCUCGUUGAGGCGAAGGGAAGCGAUUGCCAUGGACAUUACCGGCCCGUUCCCCAAGCACAAGACCGGAGUGGAUGGGAUUCUCACGGUGGUCGACCGACUCACCAAGUUCCCCAUGUUCUUGCCUUAUCGCUAUCAUGCCAAGGCACCGGAGUUGGCCGAGGUUCUUUACGCAGGUUGGAUUCGAACCAAGGGUUACCCCAAGGAGAUCAUCUGCGACCGCGACACCCGUUUUAUGUCCGAUUUUUGGUUGGCGCUCAUCAAGCGAUGGGGCUAAUCUCUCAAGCCCAGUUCAGCUCACCACCCUCAGACCGAUGGCCAGACGGAGAGGGCGCAUCAGACCACACAGGUACUCCUUCGCACUCUCAUCCGCCCCGACCAGAAGGACUGGGUUGAGCGGCUGCCGGAUGUCGAGUUGGCCUACAACUCCUCUAUCCACUCGGCUAUUGGGAUGUCGCCCUUUGAGUUCGAGCACGGCUCGCCGGUCACUUCACCGUUGGGCACUAUUACUCCACGAACGGCCUAGAGCGACGGCCAUCUGUUUUUCUUGCGUCGGAUGCAAGAGCUUC